UUCGCCAACCUGUGAUCCCGUUUUGAAAUGCGUAAAAGCCAUGCAGCUGCUCCACCCCUUCGCUUCCCCGCGGUGACGUCAAAACGUCCUCGAGAUGCGAUCCCCUUAUCGAUUUCCAGCUGAACAAAUCGCUGGCGAGAUAGGUUCCCCAUUCAUUGCUCUUGGAGCGACCGUUGUUGCGAAAACGAAACUUAGCUAGGGCGUGUGUGUGUGUGUGUGUGUGUGUUGUGUGAACGCGAAAAAUGGGCAGCGGUUCCGUGGCUGUUAACCCGUUGACCCACGACUCCCACACGGCGUGGAAUCGACUCAAGGCGACCCAGACCGUGCGCGCCGUGACUCCACUUCCUCUGGACACGCCGAUCAAGAAUGACGCCGUGCGUUUUGUGUGCGUAUCGGACACGCACAGCGCGAUCGAGCACAUGCGGUACCCGAUACCCGACGGGGACGUCCUGCUCCACGCCGGCGACUUUACGAAGAGGGGAUCGGCCAAGGAAGUGGAAGCAUUCAGCGCGUUUCUGGCUACCCUUCCACACAGGCACAAGUUCGUCAUAGCGGGAAACCAUGAGCUGUCCUUUGACCCUGUCACUACUUGGUAUACGAAAUCUCGCGCACAAGCUGCGCUCGACGAAGCUGUGGCCCAGGUCAAGCGGCAACUAGUCAACUGCACGUACCUGGAGGAUGCCGCGGCCACUGUCUGUGGCCUCAAGGUCUAUGGCUCGCCUUGGCAGCCGCGUCACAACAACUGGGCCUUCAACCUCCAGCGGGGGCAGGCGCUGCUCGAAAAGUGGAACUGCAUCCCGGCUGACACGGACGUGCUCAUGACACACACUCCGCCGGUCGGCCAUGGCGACUUCUGCGUCCGGAACCGGCAUGUGGGUUGCGUGGAGCUUCUGAACGUUGUGCAGAACCGGGUGCGGCCACGCUACCAUGUCUUUGGCCACAUCCACGAGGGUCACGGUGCGACAACUGAUGGCGAGACGGUAUUUGUGAACGCGGCCAUCUGUGAUGUUCACUACCAGCCAAUCAACGCACCAAUCAUCUUUGAUGUCCCGCUACCAGAAGGUGCUUCUAAAGGUUGCUGAUUGAACUGGCCAAUGCUUCAAAGAAACAUUUUACAAGAUAUUCCUAUAUUGCGUGUUUCUGCUGGUCACUUUGCAUGCUGUUGAGACAAUGUGGCAGUGGUAUUUCUGAAGUACAGAUUCAAUAUUUUUGUGAUCCUGACUAGUUCGUUGCUUUAGUGUCUGUUCCUAUGUGUGAUAUAUUUGAGCUUUUAACUCUUUCGUUACUGCAAGAAAUGUGCUCAUUUUGGGUGCUUUUAUGUUUUAACAUUUUAUUUCAGUGACGUAGUUGGCUCAAUGUAUACUGCGAUACAUAAAAUUAUAGCUUUGAAUGGAUGUGUAGCAGUAAUAAUUGCUCAGACAGUUUUUGAGAAUUGUUAUGUGAAACUUCAAAGCACCACCUUAAGAAACAUGAAUGAAGGUAAUAAUUUGCUAGUUCUAGUU